AUGGCAGGAAUCCCACAACCAUUUUUAGACUGGGGUGUAAAUCCAGCAGAUAAUGCAGGAGGUCCACUUACAGGAAGAGAAGUAGCUAUAGGAUAUUUGAGAGGAUGUAUGAGAGGAAGAGCCUUAGAAUGGUUUGACGAAGAAAUUACUACAAAACAGAAUUGGGAAUUAGCAAACUUACUUGAUAAUAUAGGGCAGGGUAACUUAGUAGCAGUAAAUAGGCAAACAGAUCUUCAGAUAGGAAAUCAAGCAAUAAAUGAAGCUUUUGGUCAACCAGGAACUACAAUAAUCAAAUUGAGAGUU